AAGAGCACAGGGGAGGACCAGAACUGAGGCUCGCAUACAGCCUGGUCACAACACUUCGUGCAUGCAAGACGACAGUUUAGAAACCUCAACUUCAAUAUCUCAGCUCCUGAGAGAGAGUUAUUUAGCAGAAACUAAGCACCAAGGGAGGAGUGAAAGAAGCAGAUCAGAGCCAGUUUCUCAUAAUUUCCACUAUGGCAAUGCUUCUGGUGAUUCAGAUGAGGUAGCUGCCCAAGAUGACCUCCCAGAUCUGUCUGCCUUUUUGAGCCAAGAAGAGCUCAAUGAGAGUGUAAACCUGGCAAGACAAGCUAUUGAUCAGAACCCACUGGAAACCAAACUGGAUGAGCUUCAGGCACAUUCACAGCAUCCCCCAGAGCAGCUGAACAACACAGGAAAACACAAACCAAUGGCCCAGUCCACAGCUCUGAAAGCAGCAGACAAUGGCCUGCACUCCAACUUUUGUCAGGAGCACGUCAGAAAUGCGAAGGGGUCCAAAGGGAGCUCUCAAGAUCUAAAGAAACACCACCUCCCUUCUGAAUCAGAAUCCAAAAAGGAAUUCCUGAACAAGGCAGCAGAUUUCAUUGAGGAGCUCUCAUCACUUUUCAAAGCCCACAACUCUGAAAGAAUACGGCCCCGGACGUGCAAGAACUACAAGAGCAAAAUUGAUUCCAAGAACAAGUCUGCUCCAAAAGGUAGCUCCAACCUGUCUCUCACAUCAGAAAACAGAGAAAGGCUUUCCAUUCCAACACCUCCAGACUUGGAAAACAAAGCAGAGAAAACUUUUGAACGAACAGAUGAUCAACAGGCAGCAAACCUGGGAUCUAUCAGUCAGUUAACAAGUGCAGAGCUGAAAACAGAGUCAGAAUCUGCAUCUGUGUAUUCUGAUGAGCCCCUUGGACAGCCACCACGCUUUACCCAAAAACUGAAGAGCAGGGAAGUUCCUGAAGGAUCCAAAGUGCAAUUGGACUGCAUUGUGGUAGGAAUCCCAGCACCUGAAGUCAGGUGGUACUGUGAAGGGAAGGAGCUUGAAAACUCACCAGACAUCCAAAUUAUCCAGACAGGUGACCGACACUCCCUGAUCAUUGUGGAGGCUUUUGAGGAGGACACGGGGCGUUACUCGUGCUUUGCUUCCAACAUCUAUGGAACAGACUCCACCUCUGCAGAGAUUUACAUAGAAGGCAUCUCUUCUUCUGACUCCGAAGGUGAAAUCAUCAAGGACGAAAUGGAUCACAAACCAAAGCCAGCCAGCACCUCUGUGAACGCAGCAUCUCCUGCUGUCAGAACUGCAACCAAGCAUCAAGAACCCUCCAAGGCACCAUCAGCUGAGCUCCAGACUGUGCCAACACCAGCUAACCAGGCUCAAAGCCCCACUAACUAUUUGCAAGGACUGGAUGGAAGACCCAUAAUUGCUGCUCCUGUAUUUACAAAGAUGUUACAGGAUAUUUCAGCUUCUGAGGGGCAGCUUGUUGUUUUUGAAUGUCGGGUGAAAGGAGCUCCUUCCCCAAAGGUUGAAUGGUAUAGAGAAGGAACACUGAUAGAAGACUCUCCAGAUUUUAGGAUAUUACAGAAAAAACCACGAUCCAUGGCUGAACCAGAGGAGAUUUGUACUCUCGUCAUUGCUGAAGUAUUUUCAGAAGAUUCUGGCAGUUUCACCUGUACUGCAAGCAAUAAAUAUGGCACAGUGUCCAGUAUAGCUCGUCUGACUGUCAAAGCACCCGAGGACAGCAGUAACACUGCUGCCCUUCACACAACGAGCUCCAUCGAUUUUGUGGCUACUGAGCACCAGGCUCCCCCCCAGCCUCCUUCCAGCCACCAAAGCCAAGCCCCCAGACCCAAACUGGAAGGAGUUCUUGUGAACCACAACGAGCCCAGGUCCAGCUCCAAGGCAGGGCUCCGUGUCCACUUCAAGCUGCCCGAAGAUGAGAAAGGAAGUGAAUCAUCCUCAGAGGAUGGACCUGGCACCACAAACCAAAGCAGACCCAACCACUUCCCAGAGAAGAUAAAUGGACAGCCAGUGAAAAUACCAGAGCCAACAUCACCCUCCAAGGAGCCUCCCCCAGUACUGGCUAAACCAAAGCUCGAUCAGAGCCAGUUAAAACAGCUCCACAACCAGGUCCUGCUUGAGCAACAGCAGGUGCACCAGGCAUCUCUGAGAGAGCUGUCACUCAACACCACUCUGGUGAAUUCUGCUACUUCCCUCUACCAGCAGUCCAGCUCAGUCCUGUACAAGCAGAGCUCAGCCUGUGCCCCUCCAGCCUUCGCCUACGGCCGCCCCAAGCAGCUCCUGGGCCCACAAACGCCGCCAGCCAGCCCCUCUGCCAGCUCCUCAGGCACCUUCAGCUGCAUCCCCCCGGCAGCCCAGAGGACAAACCACAUGGAGAACUUGACAGGAAACCCACCCAGGUCCUCAGGAGGCCAGCAGAGUGUCCCCAGCCCCAAGGAGGUGGCGGUGCCCCCGCUGACGCUCCCUGCGUGCGGAGCGAAGCAGUUCCAGCCCCAGAGCGUGGCUCCCGCUCCCCUCUCCCCCACGGCCCGCAUCCAGAACCCCGUGGCUUUCCUCAGUGCUGUGCUUCCUUCCCUGCCUGCUGCACCCUCCACCAACGCCAUGGGACUGCCCAGGAGUACCCCAGCCACCCCAACCCAGGGAUUAAAGAAAAACCUGAAGCCUCUGCCAUUGGCAACAGAAGAUUCCAUUCGGGAAAACAAAGUUGCACUUGUAAAGGACCUGGAAAGAAAACUGCAUUUCAGAGAGGAUGCUAACCAACCAAGUGGUCAGCAGGAAUACCGCAUCUCCAGCUUCGAGCAGAGGCUGAUGAACGAGAUCGAAUUCCGCCUGGAGCGGACGCCAGUGGAUGAGUCAGAUGAUGAAGUCCAGCAUGAGGAAAUCCCCACGGGCAAAUACAUUGCUCCCAUCUUUGAUAAGAGACUCAAGCAUUUUCGGGUAAUGGAAGGAUUCCCUAUUACAUUCACCUGCAAAAUAGUUGGAAUUCCUAUUCCCAAGGUCUACUGGUUCAAGGAUGGCAAGCAGAUUUCAAAGAAAAACACACAUUUCAAAAUGAACAGAGAAGAAGAUGGAACGUGUUCUUUACAUAUUGAAGCUGCUACUAAUGAUGAUGAUGGCAACUAUACAAUUAUGGCUGCAAACCCACAAGGGAGGAUCAGUUGUUCAGGACACCUGAUGGUUCAGAGUGUCCCUUUUCGGGGACGAAUAUCCACAACUCAGCCUCACAGAACACGCCCCCGGGUGCCAGAGGGAGACAAAGAGGCGGUCCAAGAACGCUUUUUCAGGCCAUACUUCCUGCAGGCUCCAGGGGACAUGGUGGCACAUGAAGGGCGACUCUGCAGGUUGGAUUGUAAGGUGAGUGGGCUGCCAACUCCAGAGCUGACGUGGCUCCUGAACGGCAAAGCCGUGCUCCCGGACGGCAGGCACAAGAUGCUGGUCAGGGAGACUGGGGUGCACUCCCUGCUCAUCGACCCUCUCUCCCAGAGUGAUGCUGGAACUUACACCUGCCUUGCCACUAACAAAACAGGGCAGAAUUCGUUCAGUCUGGAGCUCACUGUUGUUGCAAAGGAAGUCAAAAGAGCCCCCAUGUUUCUGGAGAAGCUUCAGAACUGUGGUGUUCCAGAAGGCUACCCUGUCAGAUUAGAGUGCAGAGUUGUGGGAAUGCCACCCCCCAUAUUCUACUGGAAGAAGGACAAUGAGACCAUCCCAUCAAACAGGGAGAGGAUGAGCAUGCAUCAAGAUACAACCGGCUAUGUCUGCCUCCUGAUCCAGCCUGCCAAGAAAGCAGAUGCUGGCUGGUACACCUUGUCUGCAAAGAACGAGGCUGGCAUUGUCUCCUGCACUGCUCGACUUGACAUCUAUGCUCAGUGGCACCGGCAGAUCCCACAAGCACUGAAGCUGCGGCCCGGGGGCAGCCGCUACAGCAACCUCAGCAGCCAAGGACUCGACAUCUUCUCUGCCUUCCCCGCUGCCGAGAGCCCCGUGCUGUUCUCAUCCCCGAGCCAAAAGCUGGUGGAGAGCGAAGAACUUUGAAAAGCAAACACUUGUUCCGGUUGCACCUGCAGAGAGAGACUUGGGACUGUGAAAAACUAAAUAAUAAAAACAAGAGAGGUACGACUCACCCUGCUCCAGGUUUACAAGCAGCUCGUUGGUAAUGAAGUGUUCUGCUGCUGCAAAUGCUGCAAGUAACAUAUGGUACCAGACUUUUUGCAUAUGAUUUUAAUGCAGGAUAAUUGUGGUAUGGAGUGUCGUGCAAUACAUUCAGUACUGUGUAGUUUGCUAAGAAUUACAUAGUCAACAUAGUUUUCAGCACCUAAAAGCCAAUACCACUUUUACUUCUUGAUUUAGAGCUACUGCACUGUAGCUGCCAUGGUAAGGGUUGAUGAUGAUUAGCUGGAAUACUGCCAGUGAAAACACUGACAUUACAGUAGCACCAAUCCUGAAUGAGGGAAAACAACAAGACUUUGAAUGUAACUUAAAAAAACAUGCCAAAUAAUCACAAAGCACAAGUCAAAUGGAAAAGAUGUAACUCAUUUUUAUAUAUGAUUAUUAUGCCGGCCUAUUCUAGAAUUUUUGAACUCCAGACUAGGUAAAUAUAGCAUUUCGUGUAGGUACAGCUCUAUACCAUAAAUAUUUAUAUCUGUGUGUGUGUGUACUCUAUGAACUGUGUAUUCUUGGUGUAAGGGUUCAUAAAAUAAGGUACAGGGCAUGUGCAUAAGGCACAGAGGAAAUGGAAACUCCUCCUGUCUGAAGCAUGUUCUCUUGAGCCCGUAGCUGAAACUAUUUCCCAGAUGUGCUUCAUACUCUUUUCUUUACCAUGUCAGUGAUCCUCUGACUUCAACAUGGAUGAUACCAAACUUGUCACUUCAUGGCUUUUCAAUAUCAGUCUCUUUUUCCUAAUUUUUAAUGUGCAUCUACCAUCUAGCUCAUUUUAUAGCUAAAAGGAAAGGAAUUGUGACCUGGUAAAUUUUCACCACCCUUUAGGAAACGAUCACAAGUGUGGUGUCUAACAGGAAGACAGAAAAUUCUGUUAAUAUACCAAAGUCAAGCAACAGUUAUAUGCAAAAAGCUAAAAAAUCUUCAACAGCAGUAAUAAAUAAGGGAAAUGAUUGAAAGCUCAACAGAAGGUGUUAAGUGACAACACUUAAUGAUUGAUUUAAGUAUAUUUGCCAUCUAUACAAUUACUUCAGUACCCCCAGCUGUUAGAAUCUGUAAAUAUUUAAGAUGUUUUCCUGCAUCUUUAAAUUACUGCUAACCCUCUCUCUAGACACUGGUUUCAAGCACGUCUUGCUGCUUUCAACGUGGCUGCAGAAUGCCACAAAGUCAUGAUCGAAGUCACAGAGAUGGAAACAAAUUUUAACACUUUCAUUUUAGACUAUUUUGGGGGAUUAUUCAAAUUGAAAAUUUUAACUUUAGAAAACUCCAUAUGCAAAGAAAACAAUGAAGAGUUAUGUUAAGAGCAAAAGUAUAUUUGAUAUAGCCAGAGACUGAGAAUGUCUUUCACUGAGCCUCCCACAAAUAGAGCUUCUGUUGUUCCUAACUGUUGAUUCCCUCAGGAUUUAGAGGAAGUGAAUUCCUUGUGUUGUUUUACUUCCCACCUGAGUGAACACCAUAAAUCAUUAUAUCUCUUGCACUUUUGUUAGGAAUCUCAGGCAACUCAACCCAGACUGGACAAUCCAGAAAGCUAAACCCCAGUCUUAUCCUGAGUUAAAACAAGGUACAGGUGUUCCCAAGGGAAAGCAGAUGUUGCCCACACUGUACCUCUUCCCUGGCAAACAAAAUAAAACUCAUGGCUAUUGACAGUCAUGCAUUGAGUUAAGUGACGUCAGUAAUGAGAUACAGAACUUAAGACACUCUGUGGGUCUGAUCUUGUAGGAUAGAGAAUCUACUGCUCCUGUUAUCUUCACUUGGUUCUUAGAGUGGCUUCAGGAUUCCAAAACUACACCCAAAAUUUCAAGUUUCCCACAUUAGUUGCUACUCUUGGAAAAAUAAUCCAAGAAAAGUUAUUGGAUUUUGCUGGCUUAAUUCAGUGCUGUUGGGAAAUGGAAAGGUAGGAAAUUAAGACACAAAAGAUCAAACUCACAUCUACAGUCCUGGUCUUCCCAUCAUUUCACAAAGCAGAGAGCAGGUUUUGAACUCAACUAUUCCAGGCUGUAUAUUGGCCAUCAGGCUUUAUCCCUCAGCACAAGCUUAGCCAAGAGGUUGCCUGCUUGGAAGUCCCCUGUGGCUCCUUUUCCUGACUGACAGUGAGGGGUUGGACCAGAUGACCUCCUGAGCUUUUUUCAGACCUAAAUCACUCUACACUUCCUAAAUUUUGGGUUUUUUUCCAAUGUCUGUCUAGAUAUCCUACCUGGAUUAAUUUAUCUGUCAGCUGAGUAGAAACUAAAAAUUCAAGCCAGCACAAACUUUUCCUUUUUGCUGGACUGUAACCCUUUGUGCAAACCCAGCUACAAGUGCUCUUCACAGAGUGCAGAAGAAAGGAAUGUGGUACUCACCACUGGAAGUAGCUGGGUCCCAGUGCUGGAAUCAUUCUGAUCAGUAUUACUGACAGCAGCAGUGGUUCUCUCAGACAUCACACCCAAACACUCAAUGCAAAUUGAAAUACAAAGUGCACAGUGCAAACAUGCAAACCAUCUCUCUUCACCUUUUCUCUGCAAUACCAGAGGAGUGUUCCCAAACUCACAUCAUUAUAACCUGAACUGACAUGCUGGCCAUCAUGUGGUAAAAUGUUUCUUAAAAUGUCCAUUCAGUUCUUUGGAAGUUGGAGGACAAGAAGCUGAAAGACUUUUCCCAAAGAUCUGUGUAAGAAGGAUUAAACCCCCUCUUAGGCAUUCAAGAGAAAUCUCAAGUGAGAGUCAGGCUACAGAAGGUAGAUCACCAAAAAUGCAUUAGCUGAACUAUAAUAUUCCCUCCUGAACAGUAUUUCCUUGCAAAAAGAUCAAAACCCUUCACAUUUUCCUUCAAAAUUCAGAAGUCAGCAAUUUCAAUUCCUUUCAGUAGCUCAGAUGAAAACCAACUCAUACCCUGGUCCCAAAUGGUUGUAGGUGUUACAUUUUCUUCCCUAAAUAAAUGCUACAGGACAUUUCCCCUGUGUGUGUGCUGAGCCCAUGCAGAGAACCUGCCAAGGCAGCAGGUGGGGAUGGAUGUCAGUGCUGUCUGACAAGUGCUAUUGAUGUGCUCAUCACAAGGAAGAGCUUGCAAGAAAACUACACCAAAAUUGUGUUUGUGUUGCUAAGCGGUGGAAAAGACAAGGGGAGAAGGCCCUUUCCUUCUUGUGGAAGGGAAGGACAGCAGGGCACUCCUGUGUUGCCACAGGACGUGCUGGAGCCACUCUGCUCCCUCCUGAACAACCUGGCUGCUCCUUGCUGCUCUUCACUGAACAACCAGCUCCACACCAACACAGCUUUUCAUCCUCUUAUUCAGGGCAGGCUACUGCAGCAACAAAACUUCAUGUUACACCUUCCCCUGAAGUCACUGUUAGUGCUUAACUUCCAAAAUCCAUGAAACCAGCCCAAUGUGGAGCAUAAUGCUGUGCAAGUGUGAUACAGAAAUGCUCAUGUUUGGAACCUCUCAAGUGUUCACUGAUUCCCAACCUUGUGGUUGAUUUGGUUUCCCAUUUCCUGCUAGUCCUGGUUUGGUGCACAACCAAUCAGAGGCACAGUUUAUUGCACACUACAGCAGAAAUUACAUCUUUGGCGUUGCAAUUCUAGGUUUUAAAAAGUUUUCUUCCUGCUUUAAACUUUUUGGUUCAGACUGAUGCAAAGCCAGCCUAGAGCAGCAUUACAGCUGGGGCUGCAUUGAUAGCAUUGGACCUCCUGCCUUAAAACCACUGGACUGAGUUCCUGGCUUCCACAUGGAAGGGGGAGCAACCCUCCUGAAUGCCUCACAUCUGCUGACAUGAGGAGAUGAGAGCACACACUGCAAAAAGGAAAGUCUGCAGUUUGCAUCUCAAUGUGUAAACAACUGCCAGUCCCAAUUGUUUACAGCAAUUGCAGCUACUUCAACCAAUAAAUCUGGAAUACAGAUUCAUUUAAGAACUGUGUUCUUAAUGCCACCAGGUUUAAAAGCACUAGUUUCUGGAAAAUGUCUUUACAAAACCUAAUGAAAUAUUUAUACUGUUAAUACUGGAGAAGUGAUUCAUUGAAAAUUGCCUCAUUAUUUCCAAUACAAAAACGUUCACUUUGAGCCUUAACAUUCUAGUUAAUAUUUCUUCUUGAUUAAAGUUGAUAUUUUAAUUUUUUUUUUUCCAAAGUCAUUCUCACUGGCAAGAAAAAUGCUCACUUCAGUUUUAUAGUAUCUUCUCACUGCACAUGAAAGGAAAAAAACCCACCUGAUUGUUCAGUAUUGUAUUUCCCUUCAUCUCACCUGAACUUAUAGAAAUGCUUCAGAGUUGCAUACAAGACUGUGUCCUUCACAUGUUCAAAUAAUUGUGAAAAUGUGCAACAAUACCAGAAGUUUUCUCAGAACUUUGCUGUGACAGCUGAUUCAUGAAAUCAGACUACAUUAUUUAGAAGAAAACCAUAAAUAUUGUCAAGUUAUAUAC